GUUAGAUUAUUUAUUUAACUAUUUAUUAUAUUAUUUAUUUCCCCCUGCCAGUAAUGGCUGGGGUCCAUGGCUGCGGCUGCUGAGAGGCAGGUGCAAUAUUAUCGACGGGGGAAUUUGGUUCCUCGGCAUGGACUCAGCGAGGGCCGAUCCACAGGCUGGCCCACUGCACGCCCGCUGAGAUCAGAUGCUCUCUGCCGGAGGAGAGCGAUAGCAGGGCCGCGUCUGGAGGCGAUACGACGGGCUGGCCGUGGAGGAGGAGGGGGCCCUCUUUACAUCAAAAUAUAAAUAUAUUUUCACUACCGAUCUCAAGGUUAUACGCCGUCACACACAACAGCAGCCAGUUGAAUGAAGUAAAUAUGCGCUGCUGCAAAAUGGCAUAAGUGUUUUUUUUUAAAAUUAUUAUUAUUUCUAUUUGGGGAAAGACUGUGAUUGCAUGCCCCCCCAUCUCCUGUCCUGACCGGAUCCAAAACCUUUAACGGUCUCGCCUUAUAGGCCUUAAAACACUGUUUGAGCGCAGACUCCUCAUCUGGAAAACAGAAGCCGGCUCCAGCUGCCAAGAUGAUGGAGUUGCAGAUAGACGAGGUGGUGUAUCAGGACGACUACGGCUCCGGCUCCGUGAUGUCGGAGCGGGUGUCGGGCCUGGCCAACAGCAUCUACCGGGAGUUCGAGCGGCUGAUCCGCAGCUAUGAUGAGGAGGUGGUAAAGGAGCUGAUGCCGCUGGUGGUGAACGUCCUGGAGAACCUGGACGGGGUGCUGACCGAAAACCAGGAGCACGAAGUGGAGCUGGAGUUGUUGAAGGAGGACAACGAGCAGCUCAUCACGCAGUAUGAAAGGGAGAAAGCGCUGCGCAAGCAGGCAGAGGAGAAAUUCAUUGAAUUCGAGGAUGCGUUGGAAGCUGAGAAGAAGGACCUGCAGAUACAGGUGGAGUUUCUGGAGCUGCAGGGGAAACAGCUGGAGCUCAAGACAAAGAACUAUUCUGAUCAGAUCACUCGGUUGGAAGAGAGAGAAUCAGACAUGAAGAAAGAGUACAACGCUCUGCACCAACGCCACACUGAGAUGAUCCAGACGUACGUCGAGCACAUAGAGCGGUCCAAAAUGCAGCAAGCAGGGAGCAACAGCCAAUCAGAUGGCCCUGGCUGUGGACGAACCAGCAAAGCGGAGCGCCCGCCGUCAUUGAGCCUGUACCCCAGUGGCGAGGGCAUGGAGGAUGGAUCAGAGUCCGACUCAGUGGCAGCCACACCCAGCAGCACAGGCAGCAAGUCCAACACACCCACCUCCUCCGUCCCCUCUGCCACCGUCACCCCCAUCAACGAGGGCUUCCCCCCGCAAUCUGAGUUUGAGGCAGUACGAGCUGGGAACCGCAGGAAAAGUGCCAAGCGGCUCAGCCGGAACAUGGAAGUGCAGGUUUCCCAGGAAACCAGGAAUGUCAGCAUCGGUAUGGGAAGCAGUGAUGAGUGGUCUGAAUUUCAGGAUAUCAUCGAUUCUACUCCUGAGCUGGACAUGUGUGUGGACCCCCGUGUGUAUGGAGGCGGAAACAGCCCCUCUCAGGGCAUAGUGAACGAGGCCUUCGGCAUCAACACGGACUCUCUCUACCACGAGAUCAAAGAUGCCAAGUCGGACAUCAUUGGAGAUGUGGAUGCAGGCGCCGAGCUGCUAGGCGAGUUCUCAGGGAUGGGCAAGGAGGUGGAGAACCUGUUGACAGAGAACAAACAGCUCCUAGAGACCAAAAAUGCUCUCAACAUUGUGAAAAACGACCUUAUUGCCAAAGUGGACGAGCUGUCAGGAGAGCAGGAGGGGCUGAGGGAGGAGCUGGAGGCGGUGAGGCAGUCCAAGAACAAGGUGGACGCCAGAGUGAAGGAGCUGGAGGAAGAACUGAAGAGGUUAAGAGCAGAGGCUCUCGGAUCGUCUCGGGACUCCAAGGAUGAAGGAGGUGAUGAUGACGGUGACAUGACGAUGACCCAGCGGCGGCGGUUCACUCGGGUGGAGAUGGCCCGUGUCCUGAUGGAGAGGAACCAGUACAAAGAGAGGCUGAUGGAGCUGCAGGAGGCCGUACGGUGGACUGAGAUGAUCAGGGCGUCCCGGGAGGGUCCUCAGAUCCAAGAGAAGAAGAAGUCCACCAUCUGGCAGUUCUUUGCACGUCUCUUCAGCACAUCGUCCAGCCCUCCGCCUGUCAAGCGGCCAUACUACAGCGUCAACAUCCACUACAAGUCUCCAUCACCGGCUGGUUUCUCUCAGCGACGCAGCCACACCAUGUGUCAGAUCUCCACCUCCAACCGCACACUGGAGUUCUUCCCCGAAGAUGACUCGGCACUGUUGGCCCGCCGAGAGCAGCGGCGUGAACAGUACCGGCAGGUCCGAGAGCACAUGCGUCGCGACGAUGGCAUCAUGCAGGCCUGUGGCUGGAGCGUGCCGUCUCGCUUUAAACAGGUACACAACACGUGGCUCACAUGGUCAGAGACCCAUCUGGGACUCCACAUGUACAUCACAACCAAUGAGAAAGAGGACAACCGCAUGAAGAAUGUUCCCGUCCCAGUGUAUUGUCGCCCUCUGGUGGAGAAGGACCCCAACAGAAAGCUGUGGUGUGCAGCAGGAGUGGACCUAACAGGAUGGAGGGCCAUCAGCCAGGAGUCGGUACCAGGCAAGGCAGCCUCAGGCAGUAGCGACCCCCUGCAUGCUGAGGAAGAGGGAGGUGACAAGAAGAACAGCCACAACUCCCCAGAGAAGAGGAAGUCGAAGGAGCUCCAGGAAACAGACACCAUGAGCAGCCGAGUGUGGAUCCUCACCAGCACCCACUCUGCCAGCAAGGUGGUCAUCAUCGACGCCAACCAGCCAGGCUCACUGGUCGACCAGUUCAACGUCUGCAACGCUCACGUGCUCUGUAUCUCCAGUGUGCCAGCUGCCAGUGAGAGUGACUAUCCAGCAGGAGAGAUUGUGUUGGAUCCAGGUGAUGGAGGUGCAGGAGGAGGUGAGGACACCGGCAGUGUGGAGGGCAUGUUGGCUGGUAUCACGCUAGUGGGCUGCGCCACUAACUGCAGUGUUGCUCGUAGCAAUUGCUCCUCACGCACUGACACUCCCAUAAUGGACAAAGGACAAGCCCCUGUUGCACCCCCUAUGAAUGGAAAGAUUCACCCCGCCCAGUCGGCUGAAGAAGCCACCGAGGCCACCGAGGUUCCAGAGUCGACGGCCAGCCACACAAUGGGAUCUGGACCUCCGGGUCCGUUCACUGAGCACGUCUUCACUGAUCCCCCGCCUCGUUCAGCAGACACCUCUGACAGGGGCACAGGUCAGUCCAAAGAGGAAACGUCUGUGCCUCCAGAGACGGAGGAUGGAGGUGAAGAGGCCAAAAACUACACGAGCGUGGCCCCCACCAUGUGGCUCGGGGCCCAGAACGGCUGGCUUUAUGUCCACUCAGCAGUUGGAAACUGGAAGAAAUGUCUCCACUCCAUCAAACUCAAAGACUCGGUGCUCAGUCUGGUGCAUGUGAAGGGUCGUGUGCUGGUUGCACUCGCUGAUGGGACUCUUGCCAUAUUCCACAGAUCAGAGGAUGGCCAGUGGGAUUUGUCUAACUAUCACCUCAUGGACCUCGGCCGCCCUCAUCACUCCAUCCGCUGCAUGGCUGUGGUCCAUGAUAAAGUGUGGUGCGGCUACAAGAACAAGAUCCACGUCAUUCAGCCCAAGAGCAUGCAGAUUGAGAAGUCCUUCGACGCCCACCCUCGCAGGGAGAGCCAGGUGCGGCAGCUGGCGUGGAUCGGUGACGGUGUGUGGGUGUCGAUCCGGCUAGACUCAACCCUGCGACUCUACCACGCACAUACACACCAGCACCUCCAGGAUGUGGAUAUUGAGCCAUACGUCAGCAAGAUGCUGGGUACUGGCAAGCUGGGCUUCUCUUUUGUGCGAAUCACAGCUCUUCUGAUCGGUGGAAAUCGUCUGUGGGUAGGGACCGGAAACGGUGUGAUCAUCUCCAUCCCACUGACAGAGACCAAUAAAGUCUCUCCUACAUCCUCCGGUGGAGUGAUCCAUGUGUACAGUGACGAGGGCUCUGAGAAAAGCAGCGGCAGCUUCAUCCCCUACUGCUCCAUGGCACAGGCCCAGCUCUGUUUCCAUGGACACCGUGAUGCCGUCAAGUUCUUCGUCUCUGUGCCCGGUAAUGUUCUGGCCACCCUGAACGGCAGUGUGCUGGACAGUCCAUCAGAGGGGCAGGGCUCCACAGCGCCCCCAGAGACGGAGGCCCAGAGUGUUCAAAACGUGUUGGUGCUGAGUGGAGGAGAGGGAUACAUCGACUUCCGUAUAGGCGAUGGAGAGGACGAUGAGACGGAAGAAGGAGAUAGCGGCGGGGCUACACAGAUGAAACCUGCUUUGUGCAAAGCUGAGCGGAGCCACAUCAUCGUCUGGCAGGUGUCUUACGUACCUGAGUGACACCUGGAUUUGCUUUAAUGCUUCUCCCACCCAUCUCCUUAAAAAAACAAAAACAUCUCCUCUCCCCAAAAGCUUCCAGCCACCCACACCUUGUAAUUAUCCCCGGUCAUGUAAAAGUUCACCCUCGGCUCUAAAACGACCCUCCAAGCUGUGUAUCGUCCCCUUGUAACUAUUAUACCCCCUCCUGCCCCGUCACCUUGUAACUUUAAUGCCUUGUAAGUACCCCCUCUUACCUUGUAAUCUGCCUGCCAUCCUGUUUCUGUCCCACCCAGGGCAUUGUAACUAUCUCCAUGAGCCCUGUAACCCAGCCUCAUAACUACCUCCCACCUCUGUAUCGAUCUUAUAUUCAUCCUGUAAGCACACCGUAUCUCCUUCUAUAUUUACCUUAAUUGUCCUGCAUCUGCCCCAGAGUUACUCUUCCUCUUCUUCCAUUUAGUUUGUCAUCUGUGAAGCCUCCACUUUGUUUUAAAGCAAAGACCAGAGCCCCCACAUGCACCAAUUGUACCAAAAAAAAAACCUAAAAAAAAAAGCAGGUGCAGCAACGAAAUGAUAAAGGUAAAAAUUUUGAGGGAAAGUGAAGAUUAAGCCGACAUGUAACAAAUGAAAAGUCAGAAUGACUCCAAAUUCAGCACAGACGUCUGAGCUUUUUUUGGCUGUUACCUGAAAUAUUUUGCACCUAGCAGUCACCUCUAUUUGAAGUGUAACCAUUAAAGACACGUUUGCUCAUUUUCUUCCCCGAUGAAAGCCGUCAGUGCGUGGUGACAGACCUCAAACGACAGGAAAUAUCUGGUGAUAUUACGUCUAAAUGCUGGAGUCGUGCGAACAGGGUUGUAGGAAACACAGUCGAAAGGUGUUGAUCUUAACGUGUCGAGGGGUUCGGCUCAUUUCCCUCAUCUGACUGGCUGUUGAUCGGACGGUUCAGUGUAGAGCAGGUGCACGGUGGUGUGUUGUCAUUAAGUGUACAGGGAUGAUUGUAAAUCUCCAGACACGCUGAAGCCCAUCCUCUUUGUUCAGUAUGGAAAUUCAUGCAUUGAUCUCUAUCUGUGUGGAUUAAAUAUUAAACAUA